AUGAUUGGCGUAAAUGGAAAAGGGCCUUGGAGAUUUCUCAAAGCCAACGGGGUAGUGGAAGAUGUGGAAAAAUACGAUCUAUUACUCGUGCUGGGUGGUAUCGAGUUACAAGCCUAUUACGAUAAAGUGUUCAAAUGGGAAGUACAAACCCCCGCUGGUGACGGUUCUGAUGAACUGGUGCCAAUUAAAUACGAUUCAGCCAUUUUGUCACUGGACAAAUAUUUUGCACCCCAAACGAAAAAGCGUUUUGAGAGGCAUCUUCUACGAGCAAUGAAACAAGAAGAACAAGAGCCAUUCGAGGAAUAUGUUUUCAGGUUGCAAGACCAAGCCAAUCGGUGUGCCUUCGCCGACGUUGACGACAUGAUCGUUGACCAGAUAAUAGAGGGAUGCAAAUCAUCUGAUCUUAGGAAGCGAUUACUAACAGAGGACGUAACAUUGAGUGAUUCGAUCAUUCUCGGCAAGACCAUUGAAGAAGUGCAGAAGCAGACCAGGGAAUAUGAGAGACAUCCAUCAACGAUACGGGAGACACCAAUGAUAGUUCAACGUAUAUCAGAGCAGAAAACACGAUUUCCUGGGAAUAAUGACCUCAAGAGUUCGAAGAAAUGUUACAGCUGUAACAGAUAUGGUCACAUUUCUAGGGAAAUUGAAAAAUGCGCAGCUCGGGACUCCACUUGUUUCAACUGUGGAACCAAGGGGCAUUUUAAAGUUUGCUGUCGAAGAAGAAAGCUGAAUGAGUUCGGGUUACAAAAGGGACAAAAAUCCAGACGUGUUCAUGCCAUCACAGAGAAUCAAGACGAUCAUAAAGCAGUGUUUUUUGUAGCUGGUCAAGAUCUUAACGAAGUGCUUCGUAUGGAUAUCGGAGGGGUUAUUGUAUCUUUGUUGAUCGAUUCAGGCUCUCCAGCAAAUAUUAUCAAUUCAGAAACAUUCGAGUUCCUUAAAGGAAAACAUGCAGAGAUUUUGAACGAGAGGAGUCCUGAUCCUGAUGAUAGGAAGCUGAAAUCGUUCGCAUCCGAUGAAAGUAUAUUGUUUAGUAAUGCUUUCGAAGCGCAAGUAAAGAUUCCAGGAGAAAGUUCUGGAAUAUGGGCUCACAUUCUUGUGGCCCCACGUGGUCAAACAAAUUUACUCAGUAAAAGCACUGCUUUUGCUCUAGGCGUACUUAAAAUUGGGUAUAACGUGAAUCACAUCAUUCCGGAAAAUCCUAUUGAAUGUCUCGCGGAGUUCCCAAAGGUCCCAAAUGUUUCAUUAAAUAUUCAUCUGGAUAAGAACGUUCAACCAGUUGUGCAAGCUGCUAGAAGAUUCCCUAUCGCAAUGGAGGCCGAUGUCGAGAAUGCGAUUCAAGAACUUCUUCAGAAGAACAUUAUCGAACGAGCGGAAGGGCCCUUGACGUGGGUGUCGCCCUUGGUGCCCAUUAGAAAGACUGACGGAAGGAUUCGUUUAUGCGUGGAUAUGCGAGCAGCAAAUAAAGCUGUAAAAGAGAAAAUUUUCCAAUGCCAAAUAUAG